AUGAUGUUCUCCAUCCUCUCCGUGUUCCUUUUCUUUGGGUUGCUGACUCCAUCAAGAGGGCUACUAGAAACAGUUGGAACAGUCGCACGGAUUGAUAAAGAUGAACUAGUGUCAGCCAUCCAGAAUUCCUUAGUGGGUGGUCCCAUCCUACAGAAUGUGCUGGGGACUGUCACAUCCUUGAAUCAAGGUCUACUUGGGUCUGGAGGGCUUCUUGGAGGAGGGGGCCUCCUCAGUUACGGUGGGAUAGUUGGAGUUGUGGAAGAGGUCUCUGGUUUGAAGAUUGAAGAGAUUGUCCUCCCCAAGGUAUCCGUGAAGUUGCUGCCAGGAUUUGGAGUGCAGUUAAGUCUGCUGACCAAAGUUGGCCUCCAUGGAUCAGGUCCCCUGGGGAGCCUGUUGCAGGUGGCGGCUGAGGUGAAUGUGUCAUCCAGGGUGGCCUUGGGGGUGAGUCCCAAGGGCACACCGAUCCUGAUUGUGAAGAGCUGCAGUACUCUCCUGGGCCACAUCAGCCUGCUAUCUGGGCUGCUGCCAGCCCCACUCUUUGGUGUGGUGGAACAGACACUCUUCAAGGUGCUACCCAGAUUGCUCUGUCCCAUCAUUGAGAGCGUCCUGGUGGUGGUGAAUGAGCUCCUGGGUGCUGUGUUGAGCCUUGUCCCUAUUGGUGCCCUGGGCACUGUGGAAUUCACACUGGCUACUCUGCCUAUCAUCUCCAACCAGUAUAUCCAGUUGGACAUCAAUCCUCUGGUGAAGAGUGUGGGUGGUGAUCUGAUCGACCUCCCUGAGCCUCCGAAGCCCAUCAAGGUGCCUCCAAAGGAGGAUCAUACUUCCCAGGUGACAGUGCCCUCGUAUCUCUUUAACACUGUAUUUGAACUCCUGGAGACCAACGGGGCCCUGGACAUCGACAUCACGCCUGAACUGGUUCCUAGCAACGUGCCCAUGACAACCACGGCUUUGGCAGGACUGGCUCCCGAGGCUCUGGGAACUCUGCCGCCAGAUGAAAAUUUGCUGAUCGCAUUGAGAGUGAAGAAAGCACCGACAUUCUUGCUGACGAGUGGGAAAGCGUCUGUGACCAUCCCUGCAUCGAUGGAGUUGUUCAUUUAUCACCCCCAUGGGACUACCGAAUCCCUUUUGUCACUGAGUUCGGUCCUGACACUGAAUGCUCAGCUAGCUACCUCAGCUACCAAACUACACAUUUCUCUCUCUCUGGAACGAUUCAGUGCUGUACUGGAGUCUUCCUUUGCUGCUAAAUUUGAUGUUUCACAUCUAGAGGAGUGGCUCAGCGAUGUCUUGCGGGCAGUUUACGUGCAUAAACUCAACGUCGUUUUGGAAGUAGGUGUCCCUCUGCCCAAGAUCCUUAAUGUCAACUUUGCAAAUGCAGGUCUGGAGAUCAUUGAGAAUGCCGUUGUGUUGACCGUCGUUUCACGGGGCUGA